AAGCACUUUGUCAGAGGCAUCCAUUCACAUUACACCCGGGCAGGAACGCGCAGACUCAAUCUCACUUUGGAGCGCAACACUUAUAGUGAGCUUGGCUAUAUAAGUCCAUUCAGCAUCUUCUUUUUAAGGAACUAAAGCUAUACUUGAUUCUUAGCGCAGGCAAGGAGAAAGACUUUCACCAAACACCUGGCAACACAAACAUCUGAUCCGGACCUCCUCUAAACAUUUAAGACUCCAGUUGAAAUCCUGACAUGAAGCUCAAUUUACUCGGAACCACCGUGAUUCUGCUAGUUGCCUUCUUACCGCGCUACGAAUGUCGGGCUAUUGAGAGCCCUGGCAGUGCCCUGCGCAUCCCCGCUCCACAGAACCAGAACUCCCAGCAGCUGUCUGGUCCUAUCUUGGAGCGGCUCGGAGAGGAGUAUUUCAUACGGCUUGGCAACGGGGACUCGAACUCUAUUCCAGCGACUUCUUCAAUGUAUCCCGGGGGACCCUCCUCCAUCUUCAACAGAGCUCUCCAACUCCAGCUCACGCGGCGUCUCUUACAGGGCAAAGUUGGCAACAUCAGGGAGCUCAUAGGAGACUUGGCUGACCACGGGGACGAGUCCAUGGAGCGAGGGAGGAGGUCCGAAGAACCGCCGAUAUCUCUGGAUCUGACCUUCCACCUGCUGCGGGAGAUGAUGGAGAUGUCCAAGGCGGAGCAGCUAGCUCAACAAGCGCAAAAUAACAGAAGGAUGAUGGAGCUCUUUGGAAAGUGAAGUCCUCCCUCCAGUCCGCCAAAGAUCUCCCUUCCGUUUUAUUUUUGCUUUCCAUUUCGACCAUCAGCACAAAACAUGCUCUGUACAAUAUAGUGCUGCUUUAUCACAAUUAUUUAAAGAAGCUUUAACCUGAUCAAAACAGGCUUGGCUCUAACAAAUCCGAUUGUACCUUACUACCAUUUUAAAUGUUUGUGUCAAAUGUGUAGAAUAUGACCGUUCUUCAUAUUUGAGAUGAAAAACCUAUAUGGUUUGGAUAUAAGUUGCAUAUUGCAUCAUUACAAUUUCAUUUUGUUUUAGAUUAUGAUUAUCAAUGUAUUUAUGAUAUUUGUUAAUAAACUUAUGUGCAACCAGUCAUUUUUUGUUGUGCAAAAGAACAUCAUCUAUAUUUCUAAUAAAAAAUGAAAAGGAAUGCUUACAUUU